AUGGAGGAGAAGCAUAUUACAGAUGAGGAAUGGGCGGAGUAUUUCUGUCCACCUCACCUGGUUCCCUGCCCUCAAUGUGGCUCAACAGCCGGAUCCUCAAACCCGGAACUUCGCUCAAAGCAUGCGAAGCGAAGGCAUGAUGUCUCGAAAAAAAGUUUUAUGGAAAGGAAGAACAACCAUAAAGACCCUCUCGUCACAUGCUUUUAUCAUCCGGAUCACCAGUGCCGAAUGAGUAACUUGUCGAGAUGCCGGAAGAAGGCUUUUGAGAAGUACAUAAUCAGUGGCAACGGGCACCUUGACAAGGCCCGAGAACGUCUCAAGGAAAACAUCAAAGGGUCCAAGAAACAUACUAGGAUACAUGAGAACUCGAAAUGUAUGUCAGAAUGCAUGAGUACUCUGGAGCUUGGUGAGCCUAUCACUAAGCAUGAUUACAUGAAGGGAAAGUGGGAGAAAGGCAGCAACAAGUUUGUCAUUUGCUCUCGUGAAGAAGCUCGGGAGAUUCUCCAAAAAACUGGUCCACCUCGAUUACCUAUUCUAAUCCUUCCAAUACCUAACGAUAAGGUUGGCAGUCGCGAGCGUAGAGAGCACUGCCGCGAGUUAAUACGCCGAAUCAAAGCCGGGCCACCACUGCAUGUUUUCGACUACAGCAAGGAUGCCAACAAUCACGACCCUGAGUUAAUGCCUGCUGCAAGAACUAUGCAGCAAUACGAGAGCGGCAAGGGCCCAGUGCUGAAUAUACUGAAUAUCCCAAUGGACCCAGAGGAAGAAGACUGGAUGGGCAAGAUUGAAGGCUUCAGUUUGGUUUCAGAACUUUGCGAGGCGGCAAAGGAACGAGGGCUUGACUUGGGUUGUCUUCUGAAGGCGAUCAGAGUGAAGUUAGUUGGAACCCCUGACGCAAUGAGCCUUGAUCAUCUUGAUAAACAUGGAUUUAUCACGAGGCUCAAGCUCUGGUCUGGAUACAAGUUCUGGAACAUAGCACGCGAGCAGGACAGAAAUAUGUUAGAAGAAGUCGUGAAGUUCGGAGAGUACUCUGGAAAAAGAUUCACUAUAUUCUUGGAAGGAGGCUAUGAGCUUAUUCAGCCUGCAGGGACGCUUCAUAGCGUACUAACCCAUGAGGAAAAUGCUAUAACGAGCUGCAUCAUGUACUGGCACCCAUCGAUGAUUCAGGAUAUACUGGAUCAAACACUCUUCGAGAUUCGCUUCCCCGAUAUUACAAAUGACACGCAUGUCAGUUGCUUUGUCCAGGCCAUGGAGAUACUUUUUGACUUCUGGGAGGAUGGUAAGCCUGGAUUCCCUGAUAUAAAUGAGAAGCGCAAAGCCGAAGAAACCUUGGAGGGAAAACUUGCCCCAAACCUGACUCGGGAGUGCAAACAAGUAAGCGAAAGAAGGCAGAGAAAAAACAGCCUGGAAGAGAACCCAAGAAAGGCAGGACAGGGCCUAGGACGCUCGGAGCACAGGAAAAUAAACAAAGGAGAACGGAGACAAAGGAGGCUACAAGAAAAGCCAAAGGCAGGACAAGGUCUGGGAAGUCGUAGGUUCAGCGUACAAGGAGGGAAUGCUGGUUGCACUCUUGAUGUUGGAAGCUGCGAUGAGGCCAUGGGAUAUCAUUCGCAUCCCCACGAGCAGCCCCUGCCAUCUGAUCAGGCGAGGCUGUUGGAUCAUAUCGAGUUGUUUCCAUUCCAGACAGCCAUGGACUUUGAUGAUGGUGCUGCCGGUAGCACAGACUCCACCAAUAGACAUUCUUGGGCCCGUGAAUUCAUACAGGGCAUAUUACUUAUGACCCCCAAGAUCUAG